CACAAGGAUAACUCUCAUCUGUAUUCUAGUAAGAUAAUGAUCCGUUUAGCAAGAGUAUUAUAUACUAUGGCCGGUCCAAUAUUCUGUUGCUUUACAUGACAAAAUAAUAUAUUCAGAAAUAUGUAAGGUUAUGUACUCUGAAUCUUUCACCUUUGUUUGUUUUUCUUGUUCUUUUUCGUUUGAAUAUUUCUUAAUCAUCAUUGUUUGAAAUUGGCCUUUUGUGUCUAUUAAAGAAAAGAGCUAUACCCACCCACUCUAACAAUGCAUAGGAAAAAAAAGGCAUCUCAGAGAUGAAUAACUUUGCAGAAACAAAACCACAUGCAGUGUUAACUCCAUAUCCACUUCAAGGCCAUAUCAAUCCAAUGUUACAACUAGCAAAACUACUUCACCUUAGAGGCUUUUAUAUAACCUUUGUAAAUACUGAACACAAUCACAAACGCUUGCUCAAUUCAAUGGGUCCAAAAGCCUUUGAUGGUUUCACUGACUUUGACUUUAAAAUCAUCCCAGAAAUGAAUGGUGAUGGUGAUGUUAGUCAAGACUUGCAAUCUCUUCGUGAAUCAAUCAGAAAUAAUUUCAUCAACCCUUUUCGCGAACUUGCCGCUAGACUUGAUGACUCUGCCAAAUCUGGUCUUAUACCUCCUGUUACAUGCUUAGUUUCUGAUAGUUUCAUGUCAGUUACCAUACAAGUUGCUGAAGAACUUGCACUCCCAGUCGUUCUCCUUGUCCCAUCUAGUGCUUGUUCUUUCUUGUCUGCUUUACAUUUUCGUACACUUAUUGAGAAAGGUGUCAUACCACUCAAAGAUGAGAGUUAUCUAACAAAUGGAUAUUUGGACGCUAAAGUUGAUUGGAUUCCAGGAUUGCAAAAUUUUAGACUGAAGGAUCUUCUUGCUUUUAUAAGGACAACAAAUCCUAAUGAUUUGAUGAUAGAAUUUAUCAUUGAAGUAGGAGAUAGAUUUGGAAGAGUCUCUGCUAUUCUCUUCAAUACUUGUAAUGAUCUUGAGAGUGAUGUUAUGAAUGUUCUCUAUUCUAUGUUCCCUUCUUUAUACACAAUUGGCCCUUUUGCUUCUUUUUUAAAUCAAUCUCCAAAUGAUCACUUGGCAUCUUUAGAUUCCAAUCUUUGGAAAGAAGACCCCAAAUGCUUUGAGUGGCUUGAUUCGAAAGAACCGGGAUCUAUUGUUUAUGUAAAUUUUGGAAGCACGACGGUUAUGUCUCUAGAAAAACUGUUGGAAUUUGCUUGGGGUUUGGCCAACAGCAAGAAACCAUUUUUGUGGAUCAUUAGGCCUGAUCUUGUCAUUGGCGGUUCAGUAGUUUUUUCGUCUGAGUUUGUGAAUGAAAUUUCCGAUAGAGGCCUAAUCGUUGGUUGGUGUCAACAAGAGAAAGUGUUGAAGCACCCUUCAAUUGGUGGAUUUUUAACUCAUUGUGGAUGGAACUCGACGAUUGAAAGCAUAUGUGGUGGAGUGCCGGUGUUGUGUUGGCCAUUCUUUGCUGAUCAACCAACAAACUGCAGAUACAUUUGUAAGAUAUGGGAGAUUGGGAUUGAAAUUGACAGCAAUGUCAAGAGAGGGGAAGUGGAGAAGUUGGUGAAUGAAUUGAUGGUGGGAGAGAGAGGAAAGAAGAUGAGGGAAAAGAUAAAUGAGAUGAAGAAGAAAGUAGAGGAGGAUACUAGACCUGGUGGUGGUUCAUACAUGAAUUUGGACAGAUUGAUUAAGGAAGUGUUGCUUAAACAAAAUCAAACUUAACUGACUUUUUCUGCAAAGCAAUAAUGUAAAAUUUCAUAAUGUAAAAUCAAAUAUGGGAUUAAAUAGUAUCUCGAUUUCAUGACACUUU